AUGGCCAGUCCGACUCCAAACAGCGAUCCCUCCAAAUCCGCACCCUCCUCGCCAAAGAAAGGGCACGAAACACGUCGCGAAUCUGCCUCGGGAGCCACUGCAACCAAGACAACUGAUGCCUUCGACGCUCCGGUUUCUCCUAGAAAAGCCAAAUCCUACGGUGAUCUGUUGAACACUCCGAGUGUCAAACACGGCUCCAUCGCCGCCUGGGGCAGCACCUCGGGAAAACUCUACCUCUCUGACCCGCGACUUGACGACCCGAAAUCCAGGAGCGGUCUCUCCGACUAUUUCUUCGGCUGGGCCAAGGGGAAGAACGAGGCCACCGAGCAAGGAGACGCCACGAAGGAGAAGAACGCCGAUGGUGAAGAAAAGGGUAAUGAUGUCGAAUGA